GUGGCAACGUCGUAGUUAAUUAUUUGUCAAUUUGCAAAAAUCUUAUAUAUAAAAUUCUCGUGUCACGGUGUUUGUUACCAAACUCCUCCGAAACGGCUUUACCGAUUUUUAUGAAAUUUUGUGUGAGGUCAGGUCAGGUAGACCUCCACGCGGUUCCCCCUGGUAACCAUCGUGGUUACUUCUAGUGGAAUUUGUCACGAUGGGCUAACUGACCUGCCUUUUCGUCCUCACCUGUCAUCCCUCACUGGUGCCCCGCCAGCAUAUCCCGAUAGCGCAGACAGGGUUACCAUUCCAUUAUCACCUAUUAAAAAAACCAUUUUGGUUGCGUAAUUUCUAAUUAGUUACUUGCGACGUUGCCACACUUGUUCAAGCUGAAGUUGUGAACAUUCUUGUUAAUUCAUUUUGUUCAGUAUAAUCUUCACUACGUUAAUACGCACACAUCUCCAUUUUAUUAAUUCAAUGCGUGUGGCCAUAUACAGACGCGGUGCUUUGUUUGUGUUAGUGAGGAAACGUUUUCAGCAGCGGUUCGAUUAAAAAGUAGUAUAAUACUUUUUAAUCGAACCUUGGUCGAAACCUUGUAAAUGUUUUUAGUCACAUAUCUGAUUCUUUGGAUUUUGGAGGGGCGUGCAAUGUUAUCGUGGUAGACAAUCUACAGAGAUACAUGUAAUAUGUGAAUUUAGUACAAUGAACGUUGAUACGGUAACGAAACCUCGAUGUGAUAGUGAAGAGACCGACGCCAAGUCCUACGGAUACGAUGAAGCGGUUGAAUUAACUGGUCAUGGUUUGUACAAUUUGUAUGCGCUGGUGGCAUGUUGUGUCAUCAGUAAUGGCGUGGCGCUGGACAUGUUCGGGUUCAGCAUAGUAGUGGCCGCCUCCAGUUGCGACCUGCAGUUGGGCUUGACAGAAACUGGCCUCUUGGCUUCUGCGCCUUUUGCUGGCAUAGUAUUUGCAUUUCCAUGGGGUUACUAUGCUGAUACUCGUGGUAGAAAACGAGCUCUGCUGCUGUCUACGAUCGCUGGAUUUGUAUUCUCUGCACUCAGCAGUUUUUCACCUUCUUGGCAAAUUAUGUUGGCACUAAAGAUCUGUGGAUGCAGCUUUUCUUCGGCGUCAUACACCUUAACUAUGAUAUACUUGGGAGAGUGCACAAUCAGCCAACACAGGAGCCGCUAUUUAUUCAUUUUGAAUGGCUUUAAUUUAGCAUCGGAGUUAAUAUCUUUUGCUUUGGCCUAUUUCGUGUUACCACUGGACUUCAGGGUAGCUGUCACCUGGCUUGCAAUUAGUUUCCGAUCCUGGCGACUCUUUGCUCUAAUCAUGGCUGCUCCGCUCGGCAUUGGGGCAGUGAUGUUGAUUUACCUCCGAGAAAGCCCCAAGUUUUUGGCCCAUAAAGGAGAAUUUGAAAAGGCAUUGAAAGUACUUAAGAAGAUGUAUGAAGCUAAUGGUGGAAACUAGACUGAUUAUCCGGUCAAACGGUUAUUUUUAAAAGAGGUCCAGAUUGCUGAGCGAUCGUUCUGGCGAUCGUUGGUGGAGCAGACGGUUCCUCUUUUCAAGCCACCCCUAAUCUGUAGCACUUUGUUUUUGUUCUACUUAAUUGCGAUAUGCAUCAGUACUAACAACAUAUUUCUUAUGUGGUAUCCUACAAUGGUGAACCUAUUCUUCAACUCAUUCUCCAACGAUUCUCGGGAGAGCUCGAGUUUCUGUGAUAGAAUUACUGUUGGGAUUGUUACAACCGACGUGGUGGGUGAUACCCCGUGUGAUGCUACGAUAUCCGUGAACACUUUAUACUCAGGAAUGAUGUAUGGUCUUCUCUAUAUCUCCUUAACUUUAAUAUCCGCACAACUGGCCACCUACCGUCGGUCUGUGCUGAUGAUUACUCUCGUCGUAUCAGCUAUCAGCGGGAUCCUGGUGAACCUGGUGAAUCAGCCAAUUGUCAAUAUGAUUGCCUUCGUCCUCCUGCAGGGCACUGUUGUCGGUUUAGGUAGUGUGAUGGCCUAUUUUGUGGAUCUGUACCCGACCUCUUAUAGGGGAAUGGCAACGAACCUGGGCGUGAUGUUUGCAAGACUAACAUCAUUGGCCGGGGUCAAUGUGGUGGGCGCAGUCAUCGUUAAUCACUGUAGCCUCACCUUUUACUUAUGGUCCUGCUUCGUGCUUAGUGGCGUGGUUGUGGCGCUCGUGUUUCUUCCUUCAGACAAACGGAAGGAAAAAUUUUAGGAAAUAAAACUAUUACGAAUGCAAUAAAUGAAUUACAACACGAAAA